CCAUUCUCCACAAGCUGGCGAGAUUUUGUUCUGGAAAUGCGACGCAUCACGGUUGUCAACCGCUCUCAGGAUAUUGUGACUUGUCGCGCUGAGCUUGCCUCGGCUAAGGGCGCAGGAUUCGAAUACUACACUGUGCUGCCGAAUGACACGGAGACUCUCGAACUUCCUAGUUUCCGGGCCGGUCUCGUCCUGGCUCCGCAGUCGCUAGCGGAGAAGGCGGCCUUGCUGGACGAGAGGGAGGUUGCUGCCCCAGAUGGUUUCACAAUACGAGUUCCACUAUCUUUCGGUGCGCUGUGGAAGGCGGUACCUGUGGCAGAGGAGUGUCCAUGGCUUGUUUACAGGGUCAAGGUCACCAAACGACAUCACCAACUACUCAUAAUACCUCGCCGCGACACGAACUCCUUUCUGAGUCAAAUUCCAGACAGCGUACCCUUGUCUUGCGUGACUCUUCCUGGGACACAUGAUACCAUGGCAUUUUAUGGAUGGCCCAUAUCCCAAUGCCAAUCCUUUGAUACUCCAUUGGCGACUCAGCUAGCGUCUGGCAUUCGUGUCCUUGAUAUUCGUCUGGCCGUGAUCAAGGACCGGCUGAUAGCCUACCAUGGGUUAUAUCCCCAACGCAUGCCGUUCCAAGAAAUUUUGACGAUCAUACACGCUUUCCUUACGGCCAACAAGACCAAGCAUGAGACUGUCGUCAUGUCCAUCAAGCAGGAAGACUUCAGGACGGUUUCCGGCAUGCUCUUCUCGAAGCUCGUUCACGACGAGAUCAUAAAUGGCCCCGGAGGGCGCGACAUGUGGUUCCUGGACAACCGCAUCCCAUUGCUGGGCGAAGUGCGAGGGAAGAUCAUCAUGUUCAGCAGGUUUGGUGGCGAUGGCGAGGGAUGGGAUGACGGACGGGAGGGCAUCGGUAUCCACCCGACUGCCUGGCCGGACAGCGAGAGGAGGGGCUUCACGUGGGACUGCAAGAACACGGUGGUGCGCACACACGACUGGUACAACAUCCCGUCCUUCUUGUCGAUCCCUGAGAAGACGCAGCUCUCAACGCAGAUUCUGCUCCCUCCCGCUGCCGACCCGCCGACGCCCUCGCUCGCGAUCACCUUCUUCUCCGCGGCGUCCUCACUCGCGUUCCCGCCGAUCGUCGCGCGCGGCUUCGGCUGGCCCAAGUUCGGACUCGGCGUCGAGGGCGUCAACGCGCGCGUCGCGCGUUGGCUCAUGAGCAUGCUCUGCGAGGCCGACGCCGCGGGUGCCCUGCAGGAGCCGCGCAUACGCGGAUGGACACUCGCGGACUUCUAUGCGGACCCUGAGCCGGCGCUUGUGCCGCUUCUCGUGGAGUGCAACUUCAGAGGGCGUGUGCAUGGCGAGGAAGGCUGGUAGGCGCUGCUCGCCGGGGACGUAUUUUCGUAAUUAUGAUACUUGGAAAG